CCGUCAAAAACCGUUUUUGACGGUCAAAUUCCUAAAGGGGGUUUUUGGCGGUAAUUUACGUCAAAAACCCUCCCGUUUUAGGCUUAGUUCCUAGCCAUAUUAGGAUUAGUUAGUGCAUGGAAUAGGUUUAGUGCGUCAUAUCACCAAUUCCCACCCGCGAUGUCGAAAAGUAAUAGACAUGGAACUGUUACAAUGAGUAAAGGCGGCCACCCUGAAACUCUUGGUGUUCAUGAACACUUUGCAGCGGCCCCAAUUCCUCCAGGAGCGGGUAAAUUCACUCAACUUCGCGUUCGGUGCAAAUAUUGUUCUAAAACGAUGAACUCUGUUCCUUCAGAGCGUUCUCUCAGUGCUGCGAACUACCUUCAUUUCGGGUGUUAAAGAGCUUAAGACGGUCAAAGAUAAUCCGGCAGAACCGAUGGCUGUCAAAAACUGGGAGACAGUUGAUGUUGCUCGGUUGAUGAAGGUAGAAAACACCUUCCAAGACUCCAUUUUUGUGGAUGGCUAGGGUUGGGAAGAGACCGAUUUAGAAAAUAGUGGAGAAGAAAUGGACAUCGGCCAAUGAGAGGUUUUUGUCAUGUAAAAUACCUCGAGGUUUCUGACGUCAAAAACCUUGGUCAGAUAGGUAAAUUACCGUUCGGUAAAUUACCUUGACGGAACCCUAAAAAGCAGUGGACGUGUAUAUGCUAGCGUCCCCUGUUCUAUAGUCUCAAAUUACAAUUCAG